AUGGCAUCUGAUAUCAAUCUGGCAGAAGCUCUUGAGGGUAUGUCCUCGAAGGGUAUCAAAGAAAGGACUGAUGCUGUGGUCAAUCUUCGCCAAAUCUUGAGGCAUAAUCAAGGCACUUCCAGGAUUGACAACCUCAAGGAUUCAGCGCUUUUCAAAAUCUUCGAUGCCAUUUUCCAGGCCAUCGAUGUCGAAGUCACUCAGCUUCGAGCUUGCAGGGCAGGCGUUAAGACCAAAACGACUGUAUCCGCUACCGAGAUACGCCUCACCAGUUGCUCCACUACAUUGCGUGUCGCACUCGAGGUUGGCAUCCGCAAUCUCCGCUCCAAAUCUGUCAAGGCGCUCAUCGAUCACUUCAUUACUCACUUCGAUGAUGCCGACGGCACCCCUGAUGUUAUUUUGUGUGGCGAUUAUGCUAGGAAUCUCUCCAUUGUGCUCAGUCAUGAACCUCAUGUUGAGCAUUUAUCUCAUGACUUAUGGAAGGCAACCCUGAAUUUUUGUCUGGACAAGAUAAAGUCUGCUUUCAAGCCCGAUCAUGGAUUAGGAUCAAGCAUUCUGACACCGAGGUCGUCACGUUCUCAUUUCGCCCCUUCGCAAGCAAGUUUCACCAAAGGCACGCUACCUAGGCAUGCUGUGGAUGAUUUGGUCAACGUCGUUCGUUCUUUGAUCAGUGUUCCAUUUGCCCCGCUUCUCCCAAAAGGGCCUCAAGCUCUCAACGCAAUGGCACAAUAUCUGCAUAACUCACCGCACUCUGGGAAGCCUCAGAUUGACGCUCUAGUGGUGGUCAACACCAUUUUGUCCCAGAUACGUAGUGAAGAUGUCACAUUCACCAAGAAGUUCACCCGGGAUGCUCUCGUUUUCGCUAAAGCGCUGUGGAGCACAAAGCUUUCUGCGCUGAAAGAUGAGCUCCUGUCCAUGCUGAUUCUGCUGCACCCUUUUGUCGAGGUCCUUUCUCAGGAAGGUGAGAAUGAGCUUCUGUUAACCGCAAUAUCGAACCUCGUCGACACAAUCAAGGGCGAGUACACCAAACGGCCAAUCAAGGACCAGCUUCAGAUCAGUCAACUAAACCUCCAACUUGAUUUCAAGCAACCCUUUGAUGGCUUGCGAGGUCAUGUAUUUGGACUGCAGGACGGCCAGGCAAUUGGUGAGAACACUUUGAGUGCAGAACACAACUGGACUUUGUUAAAGUUGCUGGCUCACUUCUCAGUAUGGAAUCAUCCUUCUGACCAGCGAAGCAUCAAACAACCUCUGUCUUCAGAUGCUGGUCCGCAAAAGCGCCAGCGCAUUGAACGAUGGUCAGACGAACUAUCUCGCAUGCUUUCUGACUUCAGCGUUGCAAAUAAACUUUGUUCACUGCAAAUCAUAUGCUUUGCUGCCCAGUCUACUCUCAUCGAGGAAGAAAUUCUGGCCAGCUUGCUCGGGAAAUUGGCCACUUGUAUUACUGAUGACAAUAGUUCUGUCGCAGCGUGGGCCUGUCUGGCUGUUGCAAGUUGUGCUAGUCAAAGCACGGCUCGAGCAGCCACUCUGGCUGACAUCUGGAGGUCUAUUUGGCGUUACACUUUGAGAGGUGUCAGUCCUGCUCAAACAUGCAGAUCGGCUUGUCAUCUCCUUCACACCAUGAUUCAGACUGAACUGAUUGAUCGGGCAACGAUUCUCGAGAACAUUGGUUCUAUGCUUUCGAGUAUCUCAAUCAGCGGACCCUCCAUGUUUGGUGAUUCUGUCGCUUCGCUGUUCCAAACUGUCAUGGUUCAACUUCAGCGUGAGAGUACUUCGUCGCUAAGUGAGAGAGUCGAACAAGUCUUGACAUGGGUUUUUCGAACGUGGGCCCCAAGCAACUUUUUUGACAAGAUAUUUGCUUCCCAGAACACGAGUACCAGAGUCGUCGAUGUCAUGAAUCUCGUAAACGUUUGUCUAGGGUUGCCCACAGAGCAGGAGCCACUCCAAAGCCUACCGGUCUGGGGCUCUGUAGCACAGACAUGGAUCUUGCACAGCCGCACUCAAGACCUUCUCGAUUUCCUGCUGCUCAGAAAGAAAAGCGCUGCGAUCAUCCCUCACUUACAUCAAAUUGAGCAGGUCACAGAAAGAAGCUCCUCAACAAACAAUGUCGCUGUCAAGCUGGUGCUCGGUCUUUGCACAACUGAGGUCAACAGUGCGGUCGACAAAUGGAAGAACAUGAAGGAGCAGAGUGCCGGUCAUCUCGACCAGCACAUGGUUCGUAUGGUUGGCAACUUGAUCACUGUUGCACUGUGCAUUGCAAAUUGCCUACACAUCAAAGACACACAUCGAGCAGAACAACUUCAAGCUGCUAACGAGAAACUCAUGAGGCUAUUGUUCAGUGACCUCUCGAGUCCUGUGUGUGAACAAGAUAAGGUGGACGCCCUCAUUGAUCUUGUUGCACAUAGACUCUUGAUUUGUCAACCGGACGUGUCGAAUCAAGAAGGACAUGGCCAUCAUGUUUGCAUGGCGCGACUCUCGACCUCUCUGCUGGAACUUCUCGACGGGAGACGCUAUAUGACACAGUCGGAGUCUUCGGCCAAGAAGAACGAGACUAGUGACAUGAUGGACUUUGACACUGAUUUUGACUCUCAAGUGACUACAUACACUGCGCCGGUGAAUGAGGUCCGAGCUCCAAGAAAGGUCAUUUCCACCAACUACAGUCUCAUGUCCCAAAGAGCGAGCGUUACAGUCUACGCUAUGCUGAUGCAGUCAUCUAGUCACUUCGAAAAGCGUGGCGACAGCAUUGGGAAUUCGACACAAGAGCUCAUAUCGCAUGUCCUUGAUCUUCCAGCCCAAGAAAUUCUUGCCAGUGGGCCUGUUCUUACCACUUUGCCUCGAUACGGCGUACAACUUACGCCCAAGCAGUUCGAACCACUUCUCGAAUUCUUUGCGGACAACACACUGCAGUCUUACGAGUUUGAGCGUUCUGAGACGAAUGUUGACCUAUUGUUGGGUGUCAUGGAGAGCUUCGUUUGUACCUGGACAGACGCUUCGGACCAGGAUCUCUAUACGUUUGGCCUCGAUAUCUAUAAAUGGUUCACUGUGACGGCUUUGAAAGCUAAUCUUCUCUCGCCAUGUGUGCAGAAGCGGCUCGUUCGCCUUGUGCUGCAAAUUCUGCAGAUUGACGCAGAUUAUGGACAGGCAGACAAACUUCCGACCAUCCGAUCAAUGUUGUUUCAUCUCAUGCGGGAAGGCACUCUAGAAGUCAAACACUCCAUUGCUCAACACCUGUCAUCACUCUUUAGCCUCUUCUCUCUACCUGUUCAUACAAAAAUCUUCGAGGAGCUCCGAAAAAGUCUACCUACUGACACGGAAUGGAUCGAGGGCCUUGCCGUCCGAGUCUUGGUUCUAGCAAAUCUAGCCGCUAGUUGGCAUUCCCUUCGACGACAAUGCAUCUACCACAUAUUUGAGACUGCGGGUAUGAUCACUGACGUCGAAAAAUAUGCCGCCACAUGCAUUGCUACGAUCUCGGAGGCUCUGGAUCUUGACUCGCCUAAAGAGCUAUUCCGGCUUUUCUCCCCUCAAUUAUUAUUCACCUGGUUAGAAUCUCAAGCCGUCGCAAAGAUUCCGUUUGCAGUUUUCGGUUACAAGACUAUGGCUGAUCUGUUGGAACACAAUAUUGACGAGAUAUAUGCCCAGUUGCUCAUUCGCGAGAAAGAGGAGCAAAUAAGUUGGUUGACCAAAGCCCUGAACUUGGCCGAAGGGAAGAUCUUACAUUCUACUUUCAGUAAGACGCUUGCCUACGCCAUAUCCUGGGAUGUAGCUGGCAAGCAAUCAUCAUCACAAGAUUCAUCCCAGGUGGCGACUACAUGUGAAUCCCGCAUUCGGACCUUUUUCAAAACAAGCGGUGAAUACUCAAGCGCAGUUCAGUCUAACCUUCCAGACAUUGUGGCUCAAAUUUUCACGUCGAUGUACCACGAAGAGGUCGUUGAAAAGUUCCUUGAGAAGCGAUCUCACUACGCUUACGCUCAACAUGCUCUCUCCGCGAUGAAGGAAUAUGGAUCUCUCGACACAAAUCUCUCGCAAGCCCAACAGCCGAGUUUCAAAGGCAGAUACCUCAUCGAUCAAUUAGAGCGAGUUUGUCGUAGAGCAGGAAACAAAACACUCACGACUAUCAAGGACGCCAUGAGUGUCCCACACAUUACGGCCACUCUGCGGUCUAUCAUCGAUUGUAUGCAUCCUGCAUAUGGUCCAUUACAUGCUUGUCGCACUGUCAGAAAAUUGCGCAUAUUCAUCGCGCUGGCAGGAGAUGAUGUCUUUGGUGGAUACCCUUUACAGACUCUGAUUCGAACCCUGCAGCCAGUCGUUGUCGACCCACAUUGUUCUGACGAUGGUAUGGGUGUGCUACGAUAUCUUCUUGAGCGUGGAAAGCCUUUCCUCAAGCAUGAAUUGUCGAUGAUCACCGGAACAAUCCUCCUCAUUCUCUUCUCGUUAAAGCAAUUCAUGACGUCUCGGCAAGACAAGACCACCCAGGAAAGUCAGUUCCGCAAUACGGUAUCAAAGAUGCAAUCUUUUCACGAUUGGCUUGUCGACUAUCUUCUUGAUUUCUGCUCAACCUUGAAAGCGCCACAGCAGGAAGCUUUCCGUUCGCUUGUUCAGUCGUGUCGUGAUCUCGAAUCACCGGCAUCUUCGGGAGAUACGAACCAAGCUGCGAGCGCAAUGCUACAGGGACUCCUAGACGACGAGGAGUCGAUCUCGCCAAUCCUAGGAUCUAAUGAAAGAAGAGAAGUCAUCUCAACCUUGUGCCGCCAUUUCCAUGUGAGCGACAAGACAGCCCAAGACAUGUUUGGUUCUGAUGAACUUUCGCUUUCGUAUGCUCGGCGAGUCUGGGUAUCUACUCAGGCACUCAAGGUCAAUGAUGAUUAUGGAGCCUGGGCAGCAAAAGUCCUAGGCCGUGCUUAUGCAUCGACAGUCUCAUUGGAGCAGAUCAGACCUGCCCAAGGCUUGAUCUCCCACCUGACCAGUGGUUCUGGAGAGAAAACUCAAUCCAUGCAAGCAGUUGUAACCAAGCUUAACAAUCUUCUGUCCAGUCAGAAUCGAAUACAUGUUGGUGUUGCUGAGCAGUGUCUCAGGAACAUUGCAAAUCGGUUUCUAGUUUUGGGAGACCACAACGGUUCAAUCGAGUUUGAGAAAAGCCUACCCAAUCAUGUUAUCGACGCGACGGCAAUGGUAUACUCGAAGGACAUCGCAGAAUCAAAGAACACUCAGAAAUUCCGUAGAGAGGACCUCUGGCAUGCUGCAAAGCUCGACAUCAACAAGCCUUUCGAAUCAUGGGUGCAGAAUCUGGCGGUCUCAAUAUGCAGGUGGGCAAGAGACGAUCCGCUUGUUGGUCAGUUGGAAAAGUUGUUCCUAUCUGAUGAAAAGUUGUCUCCGGAACUCUUCCCAUUCAUCCUUCAUCUUGCUCUCACCUGCGAGAUGGAAAAGGAACAAGUGCUGCGAACCUACCUAUCAGAGUCAUUCCUUGCACAUUUCCGCAAUCAAGAAGCAGACACUGGCCGAAAAUGUCGACUACUAUUAGAGUCGCUCCUAUAUCUGCUCACUCAGAAGAUUCCUAAUGAGAAGACGAGAAUGGACCGUCUCGAAUGGCUGGAGCUGGACUAUGUUCUUGCUGCAGAAGCUGCUGACAAGUGUAACAUGCCUACAGCUUCUCUGUAUCUUGGGGAGCUAGGUGCAACUCCUCAGAGCGUUCCUCAGUCAUCAAGAAGGUCAUCAACGACUCUCUCUAACCCGAAAUUGCCUUCAAAUGAGCUGCUCCUCUCAAUUUACAGCCGUGUGGAUGAUCCAGACUCCUUCUACGGUGUCAAACAACCACCAUCUUUGGAAUCCGUGCUCGCACGUGUCCAUCAUGAAGGCGAUGGAAUCAAAGGACUGAUGCUGCACUCCGCUCGUACGGACGCAUCUAUGCGACAGUCUGGACUGGCCGACGAGUCGGAUAGAUUUGGUCUGAUAAGCUCUGUCGGUGCCAUGAAUCUGAAUAGCUUGACCCAUGAUCUACUCAAACAGAAAGGUGGCAAGUCUACGGAUGCCACAACAGAUGCUAUGCUCAACGCUGCUCGCAAACUGGAGCAAUGGGAUGUUGCACCGCCUCAAAAGAAUGAUUCGGCUGCGAGUACAGUGUACAGUAUGUUCAGAGAGCUUGCUACUGCUACAAAUCUAGAGGCUGUCCAACUGGACCUGAACAGAGCUCUGGGAUCAUCGAUACAGCACCUGCAAGACACUCGUCUCGAUGCGUCUGCAAUCCGCGCCACAUUGUCGAGUAUUGCUGUGCUCAACGAGGUCGAUGAGUUAACCAACGUGAGAUGUCCCUCUGACCUUUCACAACUAUGGGCUCGAAUGCAAACGCGACAAAACGGAUGGGACAUUGGGCGUUUCAACGACGCUCAAGGGAUUGUUUCUUGUCGUGAAACUCUUUUCAGCCUUCUGAGUCAGAACAAGAAUCUCAGAGAGGCACUUCACGUUAGCAUCCGGGAUUGCCGCGCAAUAGAAGCUCAAUCGGUCAUCAGCUCUUCUCAGUUCGCCAGGAAGAACGACUUGAUUCAACAAUCCCUGACUGCCGCGACCUAUCUUUCUCGCUUGGUUCCUAUAUGUCAAGAGAUUGACGUGAAGAUGGAUGCCGCAGCGCACUUCGAAGUUGCAACUACGUUGUGGAGACAAGGCGAGAUUUCGACGUCUGUGCAGAUGCUGCAGGAACUCUGUUCCCGAACGGACCUGUUGAAGCAGUCGAUUCAUGUUGGCCGAGCAGGAAUGUUGGCUCAAUUGGGUCAUGAGGUGGCAGAUGCGCGUCUAGAAAAGCCCGGAGAAGUCAUCUCGAACUAUCUUAGACCUGCCAUUGAGCAGCUCGACCAAGCAACAUCUGGCUCGGAAGCCGCAAAGGUCUAUCACGAGUUUGCUUUGUUCUGCGAUCAACAACUCCAAGAUCCGGGUAAUCUGGAAGAUUUCCAACGACUAGCAAAACUUCGUGAUCGUAAGUUGGGAGAACACCGACAGUUUGAGAAACUCAUCAAAGAUACCCAGAGCAAGGAGAAGAAGCGCGAGUUGAUGAGACAACAAAGAACUGUGCACCAAUGGUAUACUCUCGACGAUGAAGAGUUCCAGAAGAUGAAACGCAGCCGCGACGAGUUUGUGCGCCAAAGUCUGGAGAACUAUUUGCGAGCUCUGACUGUAUCUGAUGAAUUCAAUUCUUCAGUCGUUCGCUUCUUUGCUCUCUGGCUUGAACACUCAGAUUCGCAAACCGCAAACGCAGUCGUGCAGAAGACCCUAACAAACGUCCCUAGCUGGAAAUUCGUCGGUCUUAUGAACCAACAAACGUCGCGCUUGCAGAAGGAUUCGAGCAUAUUCCAACAAUCCCUCGCCGACCUGAUCACGCGCAUCUGCACCGAUCAUCCUCAUCAUGGUGUUCACUACCUCUACACCGCCAUCUACUCGUCCAUUGUGGAAACUGAACAGGCUGCAAAGUCUCGACGCGACGCUGCACAUUCUAUAGCGCAAAACUUGGGCAGGAAUAAAAAUAUGACCGAGACCAUGCGUAGAAACUUCCAGGUGGGUAAUGUCUACCACAGACUAGCAGAGGUCAAGUUGAAUCCCAAGGAGUUCAAAGGCAAGAUCACAGUCAACAUGGUGCCUGAAGCGAAGGAAAUGGUCAACACAGUAUUGCCCAGGAAAAUGCCUCCUGCGACAAUGGCUGUCGAGCUCCGUCCUGACUGCGACUACUCUUCUGUGCCAGUAGUCGCCAGAUACAGAGACGAGAUUCGCAUUGCCGGCGGUCUGAGCGCGCCUAAGAUUCUGGUCGCAAUCGGAACAGACGGCAAAGAAUACAAACAAUUAUUCAAAGGUGGUAACGACGAUCUCAGACAAGACGCCAUCAUGGAGCAAGUUUUCGGAGAAGUCAGCAAGAUGUUACAGACACACAAGAACUCUCGCCAGCGCAACCUACACAUUCGUACCUACAAGGUGCUUCCACUCACCUCGACCUCCGGCAUCAUCGAAUUUGUGCCAAACUCGAUGCCCUUGGGCGAGUUCCUGGUCCCAGCGCACGCAAAUUACCAUCCUUCAGACCUCUCGCAGGGCAAAGCGCGUGAGAAGAUCGGUGGUGCACAGAGUAUGCCCAAAGACACGCGUCUCAAGGUAUACCGCGAAGUGGCGGCGAGACACCAGCCAGUGCUCCGCCACUUCUUCUUUGAACGGUUUCAAGAUCCAGACGAUUGGUUCCAGAAGCGACUCAACUAUACACGCAGCACGGCUACCAUAUCUAUGCUGGGCUGGGUUCUUGGACUUGGUGAUCGUCACUGCCACAACAUCCUACUCGACGAGAAAAGUGGUGAAGCCAUCCACAUUGAUCUGGGUGUGGCUUUCGAAGCUGGUCGUGUUCUGCCCAUCCCUGAAGUCGUUCCUUUCCGCCUCACUCGCGAUAUCGUUGAUGGCAUGGGCGUAACAAAGACCGAAGGCGUCUUCCGCCGCUGCUGCGAGUUCAGCAUGGAUGCCCUGCGAGCCGAAAAAGACGCCAUCAUGACUUUACUCAACGUGUUGCGCUACGACCCAUUGUACUCAUGGACAGUAUCACCUCUCAAAGCACGCAGAAUGCAAGAUCCCAGCCGCGAUGGCGACGACGGUGGCAACGGACUGGGAUCUGUGAGCAAACGUCCUGAAGACGAAGCUGGCGAGGCUGCAAGAGCAUUGGCGAUUGUAGAGAAGAAGUUGAGCAAGACGUUGAGUACUGCUGCUACGGUCAACGAAUUGAUCCAGCAGGCCAGUGACGAGAGAAACUUGGCAGUGUUGUUUGCUGGCUGGGCUGCUUAUUGCUGA